AUGAGGAGACAGGAGCAGCCAGACCGACCAACAACAGGCUACCUUCCUGUGUCACUGUUUAAUCAGAGGAAAAGAACUAGAGUUCCUCUGAAAUCAGCUCCUUCUGGGAAUGAAUUCUUUUCCCAAAGUGAAAACAUGACCAGCAGCAGCUCAACUGCACCUCUCAACACCUCGGGUGCAUAUGGGUGCUACCAGGCCUCAGGUCCCUGUACCUCUGCUCCUCAGAGCCAUCAGUGGAACAGACAGGGCAUCUCACAGUCUGCUAAACCCCAGCAGUAUUACGGCAACAGACCUGCUCCUGGACCUUCUCCUACAGUUAGAGCUGAUGCACCCAUGCCACAUCCUUAUGAAGCUGGAGCUAAGAGCUCUGUGAUUGGACAGUCUGGCAAUCCGGUCAGACAAGAUUUUAGCUCUGGUGGUGGUUUCAGGCCGAGAAGAAGUCAAGGCACCUACGGCAGAGAGAACUUGGAAAAUAAGCCAGCACUCUCUCCAGGGUUCUGUCAGAUGCCUCAGCAGCCACCUUGCAGACCUCCUCUCUCCACUCUUCAGUAUUCCCAGCAGUCUAGACCUCUUCCUUCUCCUGAAACACCACCCUGGAAGACCUCUACCCAUGCUGUGCAGCUGCCGAACAAAUCCUGGAAAUUUACCAACACCUUUGAGCAAGAGAAACCCAACAUUGUGGAGAAAAGGGGGUCGAAUCGAUCUCCAACUGCUCGACCAGUUAAAACCCAGCAGGAAGCUCUUCCAGUGAAGCCGGCCGUUGAGAACUCUCUGAGGAUCUUAACUACAGUCAUUGAAGGAAUGAGACACUGGAGCCAGUUUAAGGACAAAGUGUCUUACCUGUUUGAGAUAUUUGCUACUCUGGAUUCUGCUGUCACACUGGGGCGCUACGGAGCCAAGAACUUCCUCAUGAGAGACGGGAAGGAAGUUGUACAGUGUGUUUUUUAUGAGAAUGAGCGGGUUCUGCCCCGUCUCAUCCGAGGUCAGGUCCAUCGCUGUGUUGGAAACUACGACCCCAGCAGAGACGUCCUGGUCUGUGUGUCCGUCAGAGCCGGCCUGUCCUCGGAGCAGAGGAACGCUCAGGAAGCUGUCAAAGCUUCUGAUGCUGAGAUGAGAGCGCUGGUCAAGACCCUCAGUGAAGUCUGA